GAGGGAGCGCGGUGGUGGCUCCGAUGGAGGCUGGAGCCGGCGCCGAGGCGGAGCCCUUGUUGCCCCCGCGGAGCUGGCGCCGGGGCCGGGGUCUCGGUGCGGGGAGCGGGGCGGGCGGUGCCGCUGAGCAGGGUGCUGGAGCUGAUAAUGACCUUUAUAUAAACCAAGCCAUAGUAUUCAUUGAAGAUGCAAUACAGUAUCGAUCUAUAAACCACCGUGUGGACUCCAGAUCCCUGUGGCUUUAUCGAUGGUACUACUCCAGAACUUGUCAGUGGAUUUUGAGUUUAACCAUUACUGUAAUCCUGGCUUUGGCUUUCAUUGAAAAGCCUUCCUCACUUACCAUCACCUCAGAUGUACGAUACCGUGUUCCUGGGUGGAACCCUCCCUGUGGCCUAACGGAGAGCAUCGAGCUGCUUUGCUUUCUUGUGUUCAUGGCUGAUGUGUCUGUGAAGAGUUACUUAGUUGGAUGGGAAGAAUUUUGGAAAAAUAAAUGGCUAAUGGCUUAUAUACUGACAUUAAUAGUUUCCCUUGCUGAUUGGAUUGUAUCACUGAGUUUUUUCUGCACAGAGGAAGUGAGAAUAAGAAGAAUUCUUCGUCCUUUCUUUCUCCUUCAGAAUUCUUCUAUGAUGAAGAAAACAUUAAAAAGUAUCAACAGCACAUUGCCUGAAAUGGCAAGUGUUGUUCUGCUGCUGGCUGUUCACCUGUCUCUCUUCACCAUGUUUGCCAUGCUGCUGUUUGCUCGAACAAAGCUCUUUGCUAAAUUUAGUUUCUUCUAUGUUUUCUUAUCUUCCAAUACUGGUAUCCCUGGCCAUGCCUUGGAUGGGCAGCAGGAUAAGGAGUGGGUGAGGUAUUUCCGGAAUUUGCCAGAUUCAUUGACAUCACUGCUGGUCUUGCUAACUACUGCAAAUAAUCCUGAUGUGAUGAUUCCUGCAUAUUCGAAGAAUCGAGCGUAUUCAAUCUUCUUCAUACUCUUCACUGUAUUAGGCAACUUGUUUCUGAUGAACUUGCUUACAGCAAUAAUAUACAAUCAGUUUCGAGGAUACCUUCUGAAAUCAGUUCAGUCCUCCCUCUUCAGGAGGCGACUGGGAAUCCGGGCUGCUUUUGAAGUGCUUUCUUCCCUGAAAGAGACACAUGCACAACAGUCUCAUGUCAGUGUUGAGGCCUUACUACGAGUGGUGCAGAAGGUUGAAAUGGAUUCUCGCUGCAAGCAAGCCAUCAUGAGAUCACUCAAAACGUGCUCCUGUGACAAACUGUCAGCUGCCCAGUUUCAGAAGGUCUUUGAAGAACUAGACAAAGAUGCCAUUAAGGAACAUCCUCCCAGUCCAGAGUACCAGUCUCAUCUUAUGCAGAAAAUGCAGUUUGCCUUUGGCCAUCACUACUUCGGCUACUUGGGGAAUGUUGUGGCUCUUGCAAACAUUGUUUCUAUCUGUGUGGUUUUGGUGAUGGAUGCAGAUAAGCAGCCUUCUGAAAGAGAUGACUUCUUCCUGGGGGCUAUCAACUGCUUCUUCAUUCUAUACUAUCUGCUGGAAAUGUUGCUGAAAAUCUUAGCAAUGGGCUUGAAAAGAUACUUAUCAUACCCAAGCAAUAGAUUUGAUGGACUUCUGACUGUAAUUUUGCUGGUUUUGGAGAUUGCAACUUUUGCUGUGUAUGGAUUUCCUCAUCCUGGUUGGAGACCUGAGCUCAUGGGCUUGUUAUCCCUGUGGGAUAUGGUGCGAUUGGUGAACAUGUUAAUUGUGUUCAGGUUCCUGCGGAUCAUUCCUAAUAUGAAGUUCAUGGCUUUGGUUGUUACUACACUGCUGGAUCUGGUAAAAAACUUGAGAGCUUUUGCAGGAAUUCUUGUGGUGGUUUUCUAUGCAUUUGCUCUGACUGGCAUAAUACUAUUCAAUGGUGCUGUUGUUCCCUUGGGAAACAGCAGUGCUGCCAAUACAACAUAUGAUAACAACACUCUGCUGUGUGGGACCUACGAACAGCUGGAAUAUUGGUCCAACAACUUUGAUGACUUUGCUGCAGCAGUGGUGACCCUCUGGGAUGUGAUGGUGGUGAACAACUGGCAAGUCUUUUUGGAAGCGUUUUCGAGAUACUCAAGUCCGUGGGCAAAGAUCUAUUUUGUAGCCUGGUGGUUGAUCUCCUCUGUCAUCUGGGUUAAUCUCUUUGUAGCUUUACUUCUAGAGAACUUUAUUCACAAGUGGGACCGUCGCUGUCACCGAGAACCUCUUUCAGAUAUCGAAUACCAGAGGACAGUUGAGCUCAUGUUCAGAGAUGUUUUGGAAGAACCUACAGAGGAAGAGUUGAUGGAAAAACUACAUCAGCAUCCACACCUGCAGUUGUGUAGGUGAUUGAUGGGAAGGACUGAUCUAUUUAGACCUCUGUUUUCUUGAGGUUGUCAGCUGGAAGAAACUGAAUGGAUUUUCUGUGAGGUGCUGUCAGGAGAGAGGCUUGUAGGACAGUACGUGAGGUUUUGCUUGGCAAUUCUCUGCAGAAAGAGGGUUUUUUAUUUUUGGUUCAUAUCUUUUUUUUAUUGAAAAAGAUUUGAAUCGUGCUAGUUUGACUUGAUUUUAAGUUGCAAUUUUAGAGGAAUAUUGCAGCUGUCAUUUUUAUAAAUUGUUGAUAUCAGAAUGUUUUAUUUUCUUGUUUUGUUGGUUUUUUUUUUUUUUUAGAAGGGAAAGUGUGUUUCAAAUGACAGUGCACUUUAAAACAUGAACUUUGUAACCACUAUGCCUGCUAUUUUUUUUCAGCACAAGAAAGUGGCACUGCCUUUUCUGGUAGGUGAGUGUGGUGAGGGCUGUGCCCUGCAAUUCACAAAUGGAUUAGGCAGGACCAGAACAAAAUCCUUAAUCUUUUUUGUAGUGAGAGUUGAAACACUAUUUUUUAUCGAGAUGUGACACCAGCAUGAUUUAGCAAAUUUUCAGGUGUUAAUCACUUCAGAACACAAUCAAUUUCAACAUAGUACCAGGGAGUGCCUACCUUGCACAUCCUCUCUGUUGCUUUGUGCUGAUGGUUGCUGGUUGCAUCAUGCUGCUGGUUUUCGGAGCAGUUAGAACCUUGAAUGGAGCAAUUGCACUUGUGGUUUUCAAUGUGGUAAAACUGAGCUCUCCUUUAGAGUAAAUAUUCUCAUGUUGCUUUUUAGUGAACCUCUUCCUUUUACUUUCUUCCAAGUCCUGUUCUACACUGUAUCAUAUUCCAUGGAAAAGCUGAGGGGACUGAACUUUGAACGGAAUGUAGCACCGUGAUCACUGCAAGUCUUUAAAUUAUGGGGAGGGGAAAAAAAAGUUGAAGGGGAUGAUCAAAGUGCUUAGCAGUUCAAAUUUUUAUUCACGUCCAUGGGAAUUGAAAGUGCUCAACCAGUAUUGCGAGAUCACAUUCUUUUAUGGCUUAAUGACCACAUACUGUAGAGCACUAGCUUUGCCUGCAUUAUACUUUUUGGGCAAAUAACUUUGUCAACAAAUCUAAAGGGGAGAAUUAGCAGUAAGCCAUGGCCAUGGGCUUUUCAUUAGCCCUCACUAUUCCUCUAAAAAAGAUGGUUUAGUUUAAAUCUUUGUCACGUAACUAGUAAAUCAUCAUGAAGUAUAGAAUCAAUACCAACUACUAUUUUCAUAAAAGUGAAAUUACCCUUUGGCAUCCUUGCCUUGUUGUGGAGACACUUCUCCCCCAAACAGACAUUAUUACAAUCAUCUCUUCACUGACAAAAACUUGAGAAAAUUAGCUGGCCAUAAAACACUGCCAUGAUUUAUAAUUUAUUGGAUUGUUUUUCAGAUGACAAAACAUUUUUGAAAAGUGCCAAGCAGUCAUCCUCUAUAUUUUUCCUCUUUUUUUCAUUAUUUUUCUUUUCUCUUCCCUGCAUAAGGGAAAGGAUCUGGGAUGAUGGUGCAUUUGAGCUCAAAAGUAUUUCUGAAUUAUUGGUUUACUGUUUAGAAGCUGCAUAGUCAUUCUUGUCUCUUUCUGUAUUGUUUGAUUAUAUCUUCCUUGUGCUGUGGGACAAAAUAUGUUGUAGCUUGUGUGUGUGUAGAACAUAUCUGACCUGAGCUCUGAGCCAUUGCUGCAAUCCCUUACUUUUGUAAUCUUGCCUCUUAAACUGUGCUCUUGUCAGUGUUGAGUCUUGUGUCUCUGUUCCAGACUAAUCCACCCAGAAACUCACUUGCACUGGUUUCAGUGACAUUACCAUGCUUAUUUUCAGUCACGCACUGAGAACACACAUCAUAGCAAGUACGUGAAGGCAUCAGCACACAGCUUUUCUAGAUUUGGGUUGUUUGGAUUUUUUUGCAUGGUUUUAUUCCAGGGUGAUUUUUGCUCCUUCUAGCAUGAUGUAAUCACUGCCACCAAUUUAUUUGCACUUAAUAACAGAGAUUGAAUACCCUAUUUUACCUUUUUACUCUAUUUUUCUUUCCCCCUGCUCUUCUGAACACUUGGAGAAGUGGCCUUUCCCAAAAAGGAAAUGACUGGUUCUUACCUGUCUGCAAGUUUACUUUCUAUUUGCCUCUUAAGGUUGGUUGGUUGUGGGUUGUUUUUUGUUUUUUUUGUGUUUGUUUGUUUGUUUGUUUUGCCAUUACAUUCCACUACAAUCUACCAAAGCGACACAAAUUGGUGUGGGAUUAUCAUAAACAUCCAUUGUGCAGUUGUUGCAUCUGGACAAAUGUGAAGAAGGCUUUUGUGAUGGGAAUAUUCUUAGUCUUGUUCUUGUUCCACAUUUGUGUAAUUGACUGAAAACAUAACUAGAAUUUAACAUGAAGUCGUCAUGCCUGAUGCCACUUGUCCUGGAAGAUGUAAAUAAUCACAAGUCUUAUGCAAUAAUGUAUAGAUCAUGAAAAUGAAUGUAUGUACCUGGGUAAAAUUUGAUGUUUCCAUUAUUAAAAAGGUUACCUCUCUCAAAAUACGAAAAUAA